CAAUGACACUAUCUUUUAUAUAAGAAUUCACCUGUCUUUUAAAACUAUUUAAGUUUUCUGCCCGAAGUUAUGUUUAAAUACAUAAAUGCAAUACCAAUUUUAAGCUCUAGGUUUGUUGUGAAUGGUAAAUUGAGUUGGCCUACAUAUAAAUUGAGGGAUUUAAGUUCAUUACACCAUAGACUCGAUAGGCCUUCGAGUUGCUUGCAUACAUUGUUGUCUAAUCCAAGUCAAUUGUUUGUCAAGGGUAAAGGACAAAAUAAGUCCUUUGAGAGCAGUUUAAUUCGGAAGUGUUCAAAUAUGUCAGACUCAGAAGAUAAGAAGGGCGAUUUGAAGAAGAAAUUGACUCCAAUUCAGUAUCAUGUCACCCAAGAAAAAGGAACAGAAAGACCGUUUACUGGGAAGUACAACAAGUGCACAGAUGCUGGCACCUACAGCUGCGUAGUUUGUGAUAAGCCACUCUUCUCGUCUAAAACUAAAUUUGAAUCUGGAUGUGGCUGGCCAGCCUUUAACGAUGUAUUGGACCAGGGGGGUGUAAAAUUGACUAAGGACACCACACACGUCGGGGCCAACCUACUGUUAUUGAUCACCAAUCCAGGUAUGGUCCGUACGGAGGUGACUUGCGCCCACUGUGGAGCUCAUCUUGGCCAUGUGUUUGGAGACGGCCCUCCGCCAACGAGGAAACGCUUCUGCAUCAACAGUGCUGCCAUGAACUUCCACCCCGCAGAGGGGAGUCAGAGCGAGUAGACUACUGGUUUUUUCUGGGCGAUCACCUAUUUUUUCUACACUCCAUUCCACGUUCCCCGUGCAGUACAGAGAGCCCACAAGCGGCAGUCAGCAAUACUAAACACUCCUUUGCUUUUUCCAUCCACUUUCUCUACUAAUUUUGACAACACCAAAGUCAAAAUACUAAUUAAUAAAAGUAUAAAAUAAAGGUAUAAAAGUGGUCUUUAAUGUCUUAACGAGUGUUGCGAGGACAGUUGACGCAACUCCCCAUGACAAGAAAUAUAUUUUUUUGAACAAUGUUGAACGCAUGCCUGUUUCCCUAAGAUCUGUGCUGCACAAUGAACGUGGAAUUGAGUCUAAAUUAAGUAAAAUAUCUCACUUGAUCAUUGACCUCAUCUAUCAACUGAUAACCGUAUCAAAUUUGACACAUUGACCUCAAUAUGAGAAUGGUAUGAUAAAGCAAUUAGGAAUAAAAUAAAUUGUUGUAUUACUUUAAACUUUGAGAAUGGAAAAUGUUGUAAAUUUCUUAAGUGAUGAUUUAGGCCUAUUCAAAUUACAGUCAUAAAACAGUGGAAUCUAUUUUCAUAAUUGUUAGAAUAUUUACCCAGCAAUGGUAAACUAUCGCUUUGCUUCACAACUAACUCCGGUUGUUAUUUGAUAUUUAUUAUUUAUUUAAGUUUUAUUUACAGUAACACCAAAAAUGUUUUAGUGCAUCUGAUUUUAGGGCAUUUAACCACAAGCUAUAGAGUGGAUUUUACUCGAUGUGAUACAAUAGCGGCCAGUUAAUUGUUUUACGAUUUUUUAUACUAACCCUUUUGUGUAUGUUUUAGAUAAUAUGUUAGACAUUAUUGAAUAAUUCCUUGAUAUAGAAUCCAAUAAAAAUAGAAGUGUAAGAUUUGUUUAUAAACCUAAUAAAAUACAGCGUAUGUUUUUUAAAUCAAUAAUUACAAUUUGCCAAUUGCACUGUAAAACAACUGCAUAUUCCAUCCAAAUGAUUUGUUUAACCUGAUAUUAUUAUUUGUACAAUGUUCUUGCAUGUAGGAUUGCACCCUCUCUUGGACUUCAAAAUUAAUUAUCUUGAUCUUAGUGCUCAUUGACAAUAGAAUUAUGAAGGUUUUUUUGGAAAGGUCCUAAUAGUUAAGAGAUUGUGCAAUUAACUUUUUCUAAUCUAAAUUGCAAAUAAUAAUUUAGAAGUAACAUUUUGGUAUGGACGCACAAUUUUACAAAGUUAAAUUCUAUGAUAUUACAAGCCGGUUCUAUAAAAAACACUAAUUAAUUUGACUAAAUUCAAAUUGGUUUUUAAUUUAGGUCAAAAACCAACCUUUAAAUAAAAUUUAUUGUUACCCAACAAUUAUUUUAUGUACUUACAUUUUGAACUCCGUAGAGCCAUUGCAUCCAAGUCAUCACUUUAUUGUAAGGUUGAAGGAUUUUUUGAAAUGCUCAAGUUUUUGUAAUCAACCUAUGCAGCUUUUUAACAAUGCUUGUACAUAAUUUUUGAAAAUGAUAUUUUGUUAUUGAUUGAUAAUUUAUUUUUAUAUGGAUUUACUUCACUUAACUGUAAGAACUCAUGCCUUAAGGCUUUUAGGGAAUUGUGUAAAUAUUUCCGAUGUAUAAAUGUGUAGGGGCCUACAUCACAUUUUAUGUUAAUGUUUUGAUGUAGGCCGAGACCUUACUUGGUGGUUUGUACUUCUUGCAAAUGUGUUGACUUUGAAAAAAAAACUAUGUUUUCAAAUAAGAUAGUAUCUUUUGACUCACUUCUUUCAAAUGGUUAAACUGAUCCUUAGACUAAACAGAUUAAGGUAAACUUUUAACCUAAAAUCGCCAAAAAAGGCAACAUUUUACUGAAAGGUUACAACUGAACAGAAUUGAUUCAACUUAUUAUUUGUGUGCCAGUUUUCUGUGGUUUGUAAUUUGUGACAUCCAUCAACUUCAGUGUUAAAUACUUUGUUUUAUUCAAUAACCUUUGACAGUGUCCUGAGCUUAUAAAAUAGCCUAUCACACCACAGGAAAAAGUUUACAAGUUUUUGGGUCAUAAUAUUUUUGAUGUGAGAUUUGUAGUACAGAUUGAAUGAUCAAAUACAGUAGAACCUCUCAUAUCCAUCCACGGUGUUACCGGUGCCGGUCCUUAUAUUAUCUGGCUACUUCAAUAGCUAAUAUCAAAACUUAGUUCUCCAUCUUACAGAGUGUCUUUGAUUGCAAGCUCUAUAGUCUCGAUGCCCACAGUUUAUUUAUUUGUUUGACAUUUUACUGUGUUUACUAUUUAGUUGAGGUAGUAUGUCUAACCUUAAACACCACCAAUAAAACACCAACUCAUAAAAACGGACUCCAGUAUUUCCAAUAGUUUGAGAAGUCUACUUGAACUAUUCAAAGUCAAUGGUUCAGGUGGAAUUUACAAACUAUUUUAAGACCUUAUAAUCGUUUAAGCCAAUUUUAUUGUGGGUAGUUUACCUCUAUGUGUUUACCUAUCUGAAUUCAUAAUAUUUUCUGAUGGUUAAACACUAAUUGUGAUAAAUAAAGCUUCUCUUCAUUUGGGAAACGCAUGAAUUUUUAUAAAACAAAAUAUCCCAGAAGAGUCUUUUAAACACUACUUUUGACUACACUGAUUAUUACACAUUAUUCGGUGUAAUUUAUUGUUUUUCUUAAUAGAUUUUUUUUUCGUUCUGGGCCUCGUCGUGGCCAAAUAUGAGAGGUUCUAGUGUGACAAUGACCUUGAAUCCUCCACAGAAAUUUGAAUUGAAGACGUUAGUAAAUUCAGUACAUCUUUAUUUAAUUUGGUGAAAUUUGUCAAUGUGCCAUAGCAAAAGAGAUUUGUCAUGUAAAAUAAGAAAUAUUUAUAUUUAUGCAUACCUAAUUAUUUAUGUACCACCUUUACUAGAAUGCUCUUGUGGCAGUCGGAACAGUAUGUUUAAGUACUCUCAUAUUAACCAUCCAAAGUACCAACCAACUAAUCUCAAACACACAUGAGUGUGAGUGAUACUCUUCAAUCUAGUCGACAAGUUUUGGUUUGAUGUAGGCACAUCAUCUAAUUUAACACUACCAACUAAAAUACCAUGUUAUGUUAGAUCUUUAACUAUAACCUUAGAUUAGUUAGAUAGGGUUUAGGUCGUUGGGGAUUUCUAGUUUUGUGUUUUAUCUUUUUGUUGACAUUUUUUAUUUAUUAACUCAAAUUUUAUUUUGUGAUGAAAAUACAGCUUUUAAAAACUGCCA